CAGCGGGUGAGGUGAACUUACCAACGUGGAUAAUACAGAGGCCAGCAAAAAGUUCAAUUAAGACUAAAGUACACUCUUUAUCUUAUCUUAAAGAAAGAAAUUAAAAUGGCACAACAUUUCGUGUAUUCCAGAGUCUGCUGAACUUUGGCUUGUGUGAAGAGCAGAUAUGUGAAACAAGAAGCACUUUUCUGUUAGAGCUGUAAGAGUAGACGUACUGAUGACAGCAGUAAGCAACGCCAACAUUUUUCAACUUUCUUCCUGGAUGGCAAAAAUUACGUCAUUGAUACUGAACAUGAUGCGGAAGGUCAUGCCACGUCGUGAAGGAUAACCGAUACAGAUUUGUGUUGAAAAUUCCGAAACGUAUCACAGCUCAUCAAACGAACAACGCCGACGCCAAUAACAGGCAGUAGUACAGAUUAAAGUCAGCAGAGGUACGCACGUAUUACGUAACAGGAAAUCAACGAACCUCUACAGUAGCAGGCUGGUAGUUACACGUUUCUAGAAGAUACAACUGUACAAGAGGCGAGCAACUGGAUACCGUGUUUCUUUGUCGCUAACGUGUAUGGAGAGUCAACAUUGAACAAAACGAUUUUACCGAGACCGGUGGAAGUGAAAAUACACGCGUAGUGAUUACAUAAUUCAACAAUUAAUAUUUAAGACCUCAAAAUAAGACACUGUUUCACUUAAAACUGUCAAUAGCUAAAAGUACACCAAUAAACAUCGUUCGCACAAAUGGUCGAAAGAAACAUUAAGGCUACAUGUUUGAAAAUAAACACAACCGUUAUUUAGAAAUGGACCAAAGUCCUUUGUGUCCUGGUGAAAUAGAACACAAACAGAUCGUCAAAACAGAAUAUCUUCCCUUGUCUUGUGAAACGUUCAAGAAUUUUGAGUCACUGAAGGUACAACAAAGUAGAAAUAACAAAAACUUAUCAUUGGCUUCGUCUAAUGGUAUCUCUGUUCCUUCCGCGGAUGAUAACCUUCUCUUGUGGAGAACAUUGGAAAGAAGUCGCGGUUCGAACCAGGAAGUGCUUGAAUCAUAUGAUAUAAACUCACCUUUAUAUCCCACUGAUAGCGACAUCAUCAAGGUACUAAUAAGAGAUAUGAUCGAUACGGUAGUUCGUGUGGCUGCAUCAAAUCCUUGUACAAAACGAACUUGUGGUUUUGAUGACUUGGAGAAUGAUGCUAUUCGUAACAUUAAGUUUGAAUUUACUUAUAAGAACAAAGACACUGAAAAUCGCCAUUCUUUUCGUGAGAACUGUGAAAACCAAAAACAGGGCAGAUCGAAUAAUAGAGGAACAAACCACAGAUGUAACGUGUCAACCAACUCCAAUGCGAAAACGUAUAAACACAUCCCAACUGCUUCAAAACGAUUGAAAUUAUCCGUAAACGACGGGCAAAGACGGUUGGUGGAUAAUCGUGACUUGGAACAUCAAUCGAAAUUUAAGAACAGAAGUGAGUUGAACGCAGAAAGCAGCUCUGGUCAUUCUUCUAAUUUGAAAGUCGAGCCUGUAACAUACAACAAACUUCUUAGUCCUAAACUCAUUUAUGAAAGAAACGUCUCAACUUUCGAAAAUAAACGAUCCUUUGACAUUUCAAGUGAUGAGGACCCUAACGAGCUCAUCAUAUGUGAAGAAUCGCGAGUUUCUGCCCAUCCUGGCCUUGAGUUGCAAUAUAUUAGUCCGAGACAAAGGGGUACGGUUCUUCCCGUAGGUGGUAAACAUGACACCAGAAGCACAGAGAACAAAGACAUAAUUAUAAGAAGUGUUAGGACAAAACACGAUGUUCCACUAAGCACUUUUCAGCGUGAAACCGACACCAAUCUUUUAGAUUCUGAAGCAAAGAACAAAAAACAUCAACUCAAAACUCAAAGGGAAGGCGUUCGAAAUGAUCGAAAAAUUAGACCACUUUUCUUUUUCGGUGAAACAUUUUGUCCAGAAAACAGUGGAAAUGUUCUCAGAAUAAACGACUCUAAUUGUCACGAGCUCUUGAAGAGAUGUAGUCUUAGCAAUGACUUGAGGAUAAAUAAUCUCACGAAGAAGCCAAAGGACCACAACUUGGUAAAUGAAGUUUCUCGUAUUUCUUCAGAGGAUAGCGUAUUUACUAACGAAAAGCUACUUAGUGGAAGCGGAAAAGUAACACCUCUGAAAGAGACCAUGGUAACAAAUGGAAAUUUACGAUCACCAAGUGUAGACAACAACCGACCAAUAAAAGCUACGGAUGGUACUAAAAACCGAAACAAAAGCGUAAUGUUCAAGCAACAUUCUAACAAAAUCCACUCGUUAUUCCGCGAACCUCAAGAUGAAGCGAUCGACCUAAGUAAAAGAAGAAACGUUGUUGAGAAUUACCGUCCGCCAACAACUUCACUCGUCACGAUGGAAAGUGAAGAUGAAGAACACUUAACGAAAGAGAAUCUGCAAAAGAAUUCAGCUGAUCCAUGUUCUGCCAGACCGACUGGUUUGAAAAUCAAAGAUAAUCUACAAAUAUAUUCCAACCCUUCAGGAACAGGUGUUUUCAGGAAGACUGCCGAAAGCCAUUCUUCCAGUUCACAGAGCAGUGUUUUGGAAGAACCGAACGUAUGUCUGGACUCAAUGGUAGAAUCCAGUGAUCCAGUACCACGUAAUCUUGAAGCAGAAAUAAAGGACUUUUGUCGAGAGAGAAACAAGUCUCGUGAUGAGGAGAAUGACACGGAAAGCGAAGAUUUUGACCAAUCUUUUAAAGAUGAGCUUCUGUCAACUUACCAAAGAAAAUCCUGUUUACGGUUUGUUAGAGAACGAAUGGAGGUAUUAAGAAAAGAGAUUUCUGACUUGGACUCAAAGGCUAUUGAAAAAGAACGAGAAAAAUUAUUAAUCCUUCAACAUCGUAAACGUAAACAAGAAAAGCUAAAUCGAAUAGAAAAACAGCAAGAAAUCAUAUCUCAAGUGCGACAACUGCGGUUAUCCAAACACCAUUCGCAGUUUGCCGUUCCUCACUGUAAUACAUCUGAGACCUGUGCACGAGAUUUCACAGAGCAAGAACUUCCUCUUUCAAGAGAUGAUAGUGUAGCGCAAAUUCGUUGUUCAUACUCUGGUCAACAGCCUGCUUUACACGACUCGUUAUUAACAGAACGAGACCGUUCUAAGAACGUUGAAAACGUAAAACGUGACACUUUGUCACCAAACCUAUCAAGUAACCGCUCGGACAGUGACGGUGAUACCCAUAAAGUCACACCACCAGUGGAUACUGAGUCUCCGAUUUCUGUAAUUGGUAGUAAUGUCUCAAGUGUUAGGAAUGUAAGCUUCAGACCAACAACUAAUGUAGUAAUUCCUCAAACUUCCAAACCCAGUGAGUCAAUUUUUUCUCCAGGAAAGUCAAAUUCGCCUAAUCAAAUAACCAAAAGAAAUCCAUCAGUGGUCUCUAUUAAAGAAGAUUCCCAGACAUUAAACAGCUAUCAAUCAGGUACUAACACCACUUCUGAACCACAGCCCUCGUUUUUACAGUCCAAACGUUUUAGGGAUCUUCGUCCUAAACUGCCAUAUUCAAGUGAAUUUCCUACUACUCAAAAUAAUUUGACUAACGGCCAUGAAAGCAAGAAUAUAGAAUAUCAUACAGAAAGUUUUUUGCAUAACAACCAGGUCGGAAAAGCUCCUAGACUCAGUGUUCAUUACAAUUCUCCUUCAUCAGCGCCACCUUUUGUUAGCAUUUAUUCCGAAAAUCAACGGUCAUAUUUACCACUUGGAAAGAACUGUUGGGAUUUCGUUACAGAAUGCGCUAAAGCUUUCACAAAGCAACAUUCUUCAAAAUCAUUAAGCGCAUUUGACCCCCAACAACGAACUGCAGUUCCAACCCAAAGUAAAGCAGAGAAAAAGUCUGAAGAAGUCGUGUCGUCGACAGAGCAUCCACACAAUACGCCACCACAGUAUCAGUCUGUUCCUAGUCCUAACCACGCACGGACUCGUGUUGUUCGUUGCUCAACCUGUGGGACUCCUCGUCCCCAUUUUGUAUGUUCGGGCUGCGCCAAAGAGCGGUACUGUAAUGCUAAAUGUCAGCUCAAACAAUGGCGACAACAUUCGAAAUUUUGCAUGAAGAAGUAAAGAAGAAAACACCUGUUCACUCCAGUGGCAGAAGAUGGGAUUUUAAACGUUAAGUGGUGGCACGCUAGAAUACUGCCUCAUCAUAUUUCCCAGCGUAUGCCUGAGUAAUGUGUUUGUACAUAUGCAACCAGUUGAAGAAAAGCACAUUAAAAUUUUCACAAUCAUAAA